AUGUCUGAACCUCUCAAAGGCGGUUUUGGUUCUUUCACGGCUGAAACACCCUUCAAGCCGUCUGGAAGCACUGGCACUACCCAGCCAACCAGUGUCUUUGGCAAUCCAGCACCAGCAGCAAAUACUGGUACCAAUACGCAGGCCACGAGUGCUCCAAGCGCGUUUGGUGGUACCGGAGGUACUGGUAGCUUAUUUGGUGGACCGAAACCUGCGACAGGUUCAUUAUUUGGCGGAGGGACAGCAGGGACAACAACGACUGGAACAGCUCCUUCGGCGACUCCUGUGACCGGUGGUGGAGGAAGUGGUUUGUUUGGGUUUGGAGCAACGUCCGCGACCCCUCCUGCUGGCCAAAAUGCAUCUCCGGCUCCUACAGCCCCUGCGACGUCAGCAUUUGGUGGCGGGAACUUAUUUGGCGCGAAACCGGCUGACCAGUCGGCGAAUGCUGGUGCGGCUGGUGCGCCGGCAGCGCCUAAACCUACAACUGGAUUAUUUGGCACAACAACCGGAAACGCUGCAGGCACGCAAUCAGCACCUGCAACGACAUCCACAACUCCAAGCCUCUUCGGAAAGCCUGCAGAUGCAGGCACCUCAACCCCCGCUCCCGCCCCUACCGCACCCGCUGGCGGCUCCAUCUUUGGAACCAAUCUCUUUGGCAAGAAGCCAGACACACCAUCAAACGCAAAUGCAACCACCUCCUCUACACCUGCUGCACCUGCUACCACGUCACUUUUCAGUGGGUUCGGAGCCAAAAAGGAUGAUGCGGCAGACAAGGACAAAGACAAGGCACCAACGCCAGCUGCCCCAACGGGAGUAUUAUUUGGACAGGCAGCUGCAAAUAAGGAUGCACCGGCUGCAGGAGCAACUGGUUCCGGAUUCAGCUUAUUUGGCCAAAAACCAGCAGAAAAGAAGGACGCACCAGCGGAGGGAGAAAAGAAAGAUGCUACAGGUGCGCCCGUCACAACCGGCCUUGGUACAAGUAGUUUAGCGAAACCAGCUGGGUCCGGCACACCAACACCCGCGGGAAUAUCCGUACCUCCUCCAUCGAUGCUAAGAGGGAAGACGAUCGAGGAGAUAGUCAACAAAUGGUCGUCUGAACUUGAAACACAUGUGCGGGAAUUCAACCGCCUUGCAGGAGAGAUUGCAGUAUGGGACCGAUCGCUCGUGGAUAACGGGAAUACCAUCGCUGCGCUGUUCCAACACGUUUUAAUGGCUGAGAGAGAACAAUCUGACAUCGAACAAUCAUUGAAAUUGGUCGAGGACCAACAAAAAGAGCUGGGUGCCACGUUGGAGGUGUAUGAAAAGGCAGCUGGCGAGAUCUUCGAGGGACAGGGGGGAGGAUUACGCGCGCUAGAUGUUGGCCCUGCCGAUGCUGAACGCGAUAAACAUUACACUCUCGCUGCUGAUCUGAACUCAAACCUUGAUGACCUCUCGCGGUCGCUCAUGCAAAUGAUCGAAUCCGUUAACGCGCUCUCCGAAUCACCUGAUGGCACCAUCGGAGGUGAAGGUGAAGUUGCAAAGGUGAAAGACGAAGCACCACUUGAACAAAUCGCGCAAAUCCUGAGUAAACAUCUGGAGAGUUUGCAAUGGAUAGAUGGCGCUGUGAGGGAGGUGGACAGUAAGGUUACGGAAGUUGAGCGGCUUGUGCGGGAUGCUUCUGCGAAUGGGUCGAGAAAUAGUAGUGCUGCGAGUUCAUUGGCGGGGUCGGUGAAUGGGACUUCUGGGUUGACGGGGUCGCGAGGAUUUGGGUUAAGAUGAUUGUGUGUUUUGUAUCGUAGUAUAUGCCACCACCAUUUAUAUUUCAUAAAGCG